AUGAAGAGCACUCAGCGCUUGGAGAGUAUGAAUGCUUAUUUUAAUCCCUUCCUCCAACACAAAUUGAAGCUAUAUGAAUUUGUUAGGCACUAUGAUCGGGCUCUUGCAAGGAUAAGGUAUAACGAGGUUGGAGAUGAUGCUGAAACAAAUAACACUUUUUCGGUAUUGAUUACUCUAUUGCCAGAUAUAGAGAGACAUGGAGCUGAGCUAUUCACCCGAAAUAUAUUUAGAAUGUUCCGUGAUGAAAUCUUAGAAGAGGGGAAGUUAAUUGUCAAGGACGUGUUCCCUUUGCCAGAUGGUCAGAAAUGCUACUAUAUUCAUAAGUACAAAGUGAAGGAUAGAUCAUGGAUAGUAACACACAGUCCAGUGGAUACUGCAAUGAGAUGUUCUUGCAUGAAGUUUGAGUCGUUGGGGCUACCUUGCUGUCACAUGAUAUGUGUUAUGAAAGCUGAAAAUUUAAUGCAAAUUCCCGCAACUUGUGUGCUGCAUAGAUGGACCAGAGCUGCAAGCAAGGAUGGCCAGCAAUGGCCUCAACCCUCAAUUGAUAGCACUACAACAUAG